GCUCUGGGGAGGGCUGAGCAUUUGCAAAUUCCGGCUCCAGAGCGCGGGGAGCAUCCUACAAGCCACGCCGGGCCGCCAGCAGCGGCAGGGCAGGACGAGGCUUCCCGGCUCCCCGGGAUCCCGAACGCCGCCUUCCCGGCAGACCGUGCCCUGCCCGCGCUCCCGGAGCCGCAGCAUCUGCCCGCAGGCAGCGCCCAGCACAGCCCGGCCCCUGUCCCCGGCGCGCAGGCACGGGCAGAGCCCUGGGCUGAAAAGUCAUGACAGCUGAAAAGACUAUUCCUAUAAUUAACGGCAAGCCAGAGGAUGCUUUGGACCCAGAAGCCUCAAGUACCAAUCUCGUCCACAGCAACGAUAAGAAAGUUCAUGAAAGAGGUCACUGGAACAAUAAGGUUGAAUUUGUGCUUUCUGUGGCAGGGGAGAUUAUCGGGUUGGGAAACGUCUGGAGAUUCCCAUAUCUUUGCUACAAGAAUGGAGGAGGUGCUUUCCUCAUCCCUUACGUGGUCUUUUUUAUUUGCUGUGGAAUACCAGUAUUUUUCUUGGAGACGGCCUUGGGACAGUUUACAAGUGAAGGAGGCAUCACAUGCUGGAGGAAAGUCUGCCCUCUCUUUGAAGGCAUUGGCUAUGCUACCCAAGUUAUAGAGGCACACCUAAAUGUAUAUUACAUCAUCAUUUUAGCAUGGGCUAUCUUCUAUUUGUUCAACUGCUUUACUACAGAGCUUCCCUGGGCUUCCUGUGGCCACGAAUGGAAUACAGAAAACUGUGUGGAAUUUCAAAAACUUAACAUGAGCAACUGCAGUCAAGUCUCUUUACAAAAUGCCACUUCUCCAGUGAUGGAAUUCUGGGAACGAAGGGUGCUGGCAAUUUCCGAUGGGAUUGAGCACAUUGGGAAUCUGCGCUGGGAGCUCGCCCUGUGCCUCCUGGCGGCUUGGACUAUUUGCUAUUUCUGCAUCUGGAAAGGGACCAAAUCCACCGGAAAGGUCGUGUAUGUGACAGCCACGUUCCCCUACAUCAUGCUGAUGAUCCUCCUGAUUCGGGGGGUGACGUUACCUGGCGCUUCUGAGGGGAUCAAAUUCUACCUUUACCCCGACAUCUCCCGGCUCUCUGACCCACAGGUGUGGGUGGAUGCUGGCACCCAGAUCUUCUUCUCCUAUGCCAUCUGCUUGGGGUGCCUGACAGCCCUGGGGAGUUACAACAACUACAACAACAACUGCUACAGAGACUGCAUCAUGCUCUGCUGCUUGAACAGUGGCACAAGCUUUGUUGCUGGUUUUGCUAUCUUUUCAGUUCUUGGAUUUAUGGCUUAUGAACAAGGCGUGCCCAUUGCAGAAGUUGCAGAAUCAGGACCAGGACUUGCAUUCAUUGCUUACCCUAAAGCUGUCACCAUGAUGCCUCUGUCUCCUUUGUGGGCAGCUCUGUUCUUCAUGAUGCUCAUCUUCCUGGGCUUGGACAGCCAGUUUGUGUGUGUGGAAAGCAUCGUGACAGCCGUGGUGGACAUGUACCCCAAGGUGUUCCGCAGGGGCUACAGGAGGGAGCUGCUCAUCCUUGGCCUCUCUGUCGUGUCCUACUUCCUGGGCCUCAUCAUGCUAACUGAGGGUGGGAUGUAUGUCUUUCAGCUCUUUGACUCCUAUGCAGCCAGUGGGAUGUGCCUGCUCUUUGUUGCCAUAUUCGAGUGUGUCUGCAUAGGCUGGGUGUACGGCAGCAAUCGCUUUUAUGAGAACAUUGAAGACAUGAUUGGGUACAAGCCUGUGUCGUUGAUUAAGUGGUGCUGGAUGGUCCUGACGCCAGGUAUUUGUGCAGGAAUCUUCAUCUUUUUCCUGGUGAAAUACAAGCCCCUGAAAUACAACAACGUGUACAUCUACCCUGACUGGGGCUAUGGCAUCGGGUGGAUGAUGGCUCUCUCCUCCAUGGUCUGCAUCCCACUGUGGAUCUGCAUCAAGCUCUGGAAGACUGAAGGCACCUUCAUGGAGAAAUUCAGGAAGUUGAUUACACCUAGCUCAGACCUGAAAAUGCGGGGCAAGCUCGGAGGAGGAGCCUACAUUGCAGCAAUAAAUGACUGUGAUGCCAAACUGAAAGGAGAUGGCACCAUUUCCACCAUCACAGAAAAGGAGACACAUUUCUGAAAGAACUUUUUCUCUGUUUGCUUUAUUUUUGGUUUUUUGGGGUGGUUUUGUUUGUUUGUUUGUUUGGUUUUUUUUUUUUUUUGUAUAAAGAAAUAAAUAAAUUCACUUAAUUAUAGAGGCUGGCUUGUUUUGCACAGAAAUUUAUUAACCAGUUAAUUUUAAAAUGAAAAUUGUAUACUUGUUUAAAAAGUGAUUUUUUAAAAUUACUCUAUCUGUAAUGAUUCUGUAAAAGCAAAAGAAAUAGUAUUAUAUGGUCUGUUAGUGAUCACUUCUUGUAAAAUGGUGAUUCCGGUCUAUGUUUUUGGUUUUUUUUAGACUUUAGAGGGACCUGUAUAAUGUGCUGUAAAACUUUUCUACUUUGAUUUGUGGCAGGUGUAAUGUUGUAUAGACCUUCUAACCUGUAAGCAUUUCAGACCAUUUCAGCUGUCCGUGCGUGUAUAUAAAGGGGACCAGCCUGUCCCGUGGUUUGCUUGGGAAGAAAUCUCCUUUCAGGGCGGGUUUGGUGACGUCGAUGGCACCUCAGCUGCUCCCACCUCCUUCCCUCCACCCUCCACUGGCUUCAGAAGGGCUGGAAAUGUGGAAUGGGCCCAUCCUGAGCCACUGUUUCCCUUGAGAUUGGAUAGAGUCUGGUUCUGAAGGGCUCUGAAUUUUGCUGCUGUAAGUUCCUGGUCUCUGAGGGGAUGUGCUCCUCGGGAGACGUCCCAAACCUUUCUGUUUUCCUCCGUGGGUGGCUGCCUCCUGAAUUUUGGCCGGCACUUCCCACUCCCUGGAGUGACCCUGUUUGCCUGUUCUCCCACAACAGGAGAUUGGGGUUAUUUCACGGAGCUGGAGAUAUUCUGAGGGGAAAGGAGCAGGUUUAAGGCUCUCUCUGUCUGUACAACUCGUUCUCCUCCAAAGGAAUCCGGGAUCCCACACUGCCGAUGCGUAGCACUACACAGCUCCUCUGCUGGCACAGGGUGGGGCUUUGGGGUGUCCUGUGCAGUGCCAAGUGUUGGACUGGAUGAUCCUUCCAACUCAAGGCCUUCUGAUUCUUCUUCAAGGUCCUCUCCAGGUCCCCUCAGAUCAGGCACUGAUUUCUCUGCUGGGGAUGGGAUUGAGGCUUGUACUGAAGGAAUUUCUUUGGCAGAAGGUUGAGGUAAUGCCCUUUAUCUCUGCAGGAGUCCCAGGAGGUCAUUUCUAUGUGGUGCAGGGGUAUUGUGACCCCUCGGUGUCACAGAGGGAGCAGUGCUGGGUUUGUCACUUCAAGCCUUGGAUUGACUCCCUGGGUUUAAGGCUGAUUUUGCACGUGGAUGCAGCUGCUGGAUGGUUGUUCCAGGAGGUGUGCAGAUGCCCUAGUAUCAAAACCCCUGCCUUAGGAUGUGGAUUUUUUUUACCUGAUAAUAUUCCAAACACUGCUGUUUGUUCUGAACAAUUCUUUUCUUGGCCUGAUUUUGUUACCUGAUUGUUGUGUGAGAAACCUGUGGAGGAUCAGCAUCGUGCACUGCACAGGAUUUGGGGGGAGAGACAAGAGACAGCCCAGAAGAAAUGAAUGCCAUAAAACCUGCUGCCUUCUCUGCAACUCCUACCCACUGGAGCUCAGACACAGCACCGGAGUUGUUAGGAACAGAAAUGGCUCCUGACCUUCUCCCGAGGAAAUAUAUCCCAAGAAUUCACUACAUAUCUCUUAAUAUUGGCUUGAAUUGUACCUGCAGACAGCACUUCACUGAGCUCUUGCUGUUACUUCUUAAAAAAAAAGCAUUUUUAUGGAACUGCCUUGUCUCACUUCAUUAAAUCUAAUAGAGCCAUUUCA